UAAUAUCUUUUGAAGUUCUAUUGAGAGAAAAUUGAUUUACAACUUUUGAAAUUCAUUGAAGUCGAGAGUUUGGCGCUUUUUCUCCCUCGCCACAAAGCACCUUGAAUCCCUUCAUACUUCAGUUGAUGGAAGAAUGGCGCAGUUUUGGAUAAUACGGGCUCGCCCGAAUCACUAACUUUCUGAUCAUGCCUUAUUAUGUACAAAUUGCAUUAUUUUUAUGCCUCGCCUAUUUUUCUAUAGCUUCAGGACAAGGUAAUAAGAUCAAACGGUGUUUCACGUGUAGAUCUCGAGGUGAUCUCGGCGACUGCAAAGAUCCCUUCAUACACAAUGCAUCAAGUGUGGAUAACAUAAGAGGAAUAGAAGUGCCACCAUGUGCAUCUGGAUGGUGUGCAAAAAUAGUCGAAGGAAGUGGAAGUGGUAAUAAUUUCACACAUUUUCUGAAAUAAUACUAUCUACAUUUA